CUCGCCUCAAAGUGGUGUUGCCUUUUGGAAAGAUGACCAACAACAGAAGUCUCAUUGUAAACAUUCCAGAAGUUCGUUUAGAAAACUUCACGUUAAUUGUCGUCGAUCUUUACAGGCAGUGGGUUCUUCAUAAUUUCAAGAAACUGUCCCAUGAUUUCCGGAACAAGGAUGAGGUCAUAUCUGGACAUUGGGCACUGGUUUCUGGUUCUGUAAAGGACUCGAACGGGGAAAGCAUCCUUGUAUAUUUUGAUAAGCUGAUGGAUCCAUAUCUUCGACUUCAUACUACUGAUUAUCUCAACUACGGAGGCUUUGGUGCAUUCCUAGCGAGAGAAAUAUCGAAAUCUUUGCUUUCUAUGGAAGUGGGAGAGCUGCCUGCGGAGCAAAAGACCACCUGGGACGCCUUGUUGAGUACUAGAAAUGCCAGUCAAUGCCUACUCAACUUUUUUGCAGAGAAUUUUGAUAUUGAUUCCGAGAAAAAUCGGCACGAUGCUAUGCGAGUAAUCUUCUUGGAUAGAAUGUCUCUGGAAAUAGCAUACGAAAGUGCGAAAUCCAUGGUGCCCAGUAACCCCUGAUGAUAUCUUACCUGGAUUGGACUUGAGAGAGUUCAAGAUGUUCUUCCUCGCUUACGCGCAGGGUUUUUGCAGCAAUGAAGACGUAAGAGAUCCAACAGCAUACAUUCCAGUUCGAAAAAGGAUCAACGCUGCCGUGUCGAGUUUCCGUAGCUUCGCGGAUACUUUCCAAUGUGAUUCUCUUCCUGCAUGCCACCUGUGGAUGUGAGCCAGCUUCCCGCGCAUUUUGCUCGAAAUAAGAACUUUUUUUACGUAAAAAAAGUGUCGCAGUCGAAUUGUGUUUCUUUUGUAAAUAAAUAUUAUUAAAAAUCA